UUCUGCAUGUCCCCCACUGGGGAUCGAGUCUGCAACCCGGGUAUGUGCCCCACAAACCGUGACCACCUGGUUCAUAGGUCGAUGCUCAAUCAUUGAGCCACACCGGCUGGGCCAAAAAGGUAUUUUCAAUCUGUGGCUCCUGGAAUCAACAUCCUAUAUAAUAAAAGCUUCAUAUGCAAAUUGUCCCCUCAACCCGGAGUUCGACUGCUCGCUAUGACAUGCGCUGACCACCAGGGGGCGGUGUGGAAUGUGGCGGGCGUCAGCGAUGCAGCACUGGCAGCAGGUGGCAGUGGAGGCGCUGCUGGCCCCGAUGGGCCCCGACGAGAGCGGGACCAUGGCGGGAUGGUGGAGCAGGUUUCCAACUUAUAAAAGACAAUGACUACUGAUGAAGGUGCCAAAAACAAUGGAGAAAACCCAGCAGCAGCUGUUGCUGAACAGGGAGAGGAUAUUACAUCUAAAAAAGAUAGAGGAGUAUUAAAGAUUGUCAAAAGAGUGGGGAAUAGUGAGGAAACACCAAUGAUCGGAGAUAAAGUUUAUGUCCAUUACAAUGGAAAAUUGUCAAAUGGAAAGAAGUUUGAUUCCAGUCAUGAUAGAAAUGAACCAUUUGUCUUUAAUCUUGGCAAAGGCCAAGUUAUCAAGGCAUGGGACAUUGGAGUGGCUACCAUGAAGAAAGGAGAGAUGUGUCAUUUACUGUGCAAGCCAGAAUAUGCAUAUGGCUCGGCUGGCAGUGUCCCCAAAAUUCCCUCAAAUGCAACUCUCUUUUUUGAGAUCGAGCUCCUUGAUUUCAAAGGAGAGGAUUUAUUUGAAGAUGGAGGCAUUAUCCGAAGAAUCAAACAGAAAGGAGAAGGCUAUUCAAACCCAAACGAGGGAGCCACAGUAGAAAUCCACCUGGAAGGCCGCUGUGGUGAAAGGAUGUUUGAUUGCAGAGAUGUGGUUUUCAUUGUUGGCGAAGGAGAAGACCACGACAUUCCAAUUGGAAUUGACAAAGCCCUGGAGAAAAUGCAGCGGGAAGAACAAUGUAUUUUACGUCUUGGACCACGAUAUGGUUUUGGAGAGGCAGGGAAGCCUAAAUUUGGCAUUGAACCUAAUGCUGAGCUUAUAUAUGAAGUUACACUUAAGAGCUUCGAAAAGGCCAAAGAAUCCUGGGAGAUGGAUACCAAAGAAAAAUUGGAGCAGGCUGCCAUCGUCAAGGAGAAGGGAACUGUGUACUUCAAGGGAGGCAAAUACCUGCAGGCGGUCAUUCAGUACGGGAAGAUAGUGUCGUGGCUCGAGAUGGAAUACGGCCUGUCCGAAAAGGAAUCUAAAGCUUCCGAGUCGUUCCUGCUCGCUGCCUUCCUGAACCUGGCCAUGUGCUACCUGAAGCUCCGAGAAUACACCAAAGCCGUGGAAUGCUGCGAUAAGGCCCUGGGACUAGACAGUGCCAAUGAGAAGGGCUUGUACCGGAGGGGUGAAGCCCAGCUGCUCAUGAACGAGUUCGAGUCAGCCAAGGGCGACUUCGAGAAGGUGCUGGCAGUCAACCCCCAGAACAAGGCCGCGCGGCAGCAGAUCUCCAUGUGCCAGAAAAAGGCGAAGGAGCACAACGAGCGAGACCGCAGAAUCUACGCCAACAUGUUCACCAAGUUUGCGGAGCAGGAUGCCAAGGAAGAGGCCAGUAAAACAAUGGGCCAGAAGACUUUAGGAGGGGUCACCAAUGAAAAAGAAACAGGAAGUCAAGCAGUGGAAGAAGAGAGAGCCAGAGGCCAUGGAAUAACUGAGCGCAGUGCUGCCUGCCGGCAUCGCCACUGGUGCGGCACCUGAUUCCAUGCUGCCCGCUCUGAGGACGUCAGACUGUUCUUACAAUACCUCUGACUGGAGUGGAUGUAUCACAUAUCCUUUUAGGAUCCAUGCAGCUUUUUUGUUGUUGUCUUUCUUAAAUUACUGGCUCAUAAACAUUUGUAUACUGGUUUAUGAACUUAUUUACACUCCUUUCUCAUGCAAAACAAACAAAAACCUUGACUUUUUACUAUUAGGUAGCUGAAUUUUUUUUUUUUUUAUCCUCACUUGAGGGUAUAUCUUUAUUGUUUUUUGUUUUGUUUUGUUUUGUUUGUUUUGUUUUGAGAGAAAUAACAAUCAGUUGCCUCCCAAACAUGCAUGGACCAGGAAUUGAUCAAACCCACGACCUUUUGGUGCAGGGGACGACGCUCAACCAACUGAGCCACACUGGCCAGGGCAGUAGCUGAAUUUUUAAAAACAAAUUCUGCAGUUGAAAAAAAUAAGUAGUUGCUCUUCUACAUUAGGGUUUUCCUUGCAGGUUGACACACAGUGGCUUUUUUUCCCUUUUCUGAGAGCUUCUUUCUUCUGGUGUGAGUUGUGAAAAAAACUUCCCAUGCAGGUACAUCUAGCUUACAAUUUCCAAUACUUGGGCAUUGAGGUAGGGCAAGUCUUAGAUCUGGACAUGUAGUUGAAGGUUCGUCCUUAUGGAUAAACAAUAUUGACACUGGCCUUCUAUUCGCACAGCCUAGGAAACACUCUUGGGAAUGCAUUUGGCAACCCAAGGGAACAUUCGCUUCAACCUACAACAUCUCACUCUCUCAAAUCCGAAAGAACACUGCAAUUAUAUUUUAGAUUAGUUUUAAUUUUUAUGGUGGUUUUAACAAAAGUUUUAUUAUUAGGUUAGGACCCAGUUAAAUCUAAAUAUAAAAUCACUUCCUUUUAUACCUGUUUUCUUCUCCAUGGAACAAAUGGAAUUAAAUUGUGUUUCUCUGUUGAUGCUAACAAAAAUCCUUUUAAAUUCUCAUUUAUACUUUUUUUCUUUUUCCAUAAGAUAUUUCUUUUUAAAGCCCCAAAUCUUAUCUAGGAAAUAUGAAAAGCAAAAGUUGAUUUUGCUUAUUUGCCUCUUAACUAUUUAGCAUUUAUAGCUCUGUUGACUAGAGCAUGACUCCAGUGAGCCCAUGACUGAGAUUUGACCUAAAAAGGCCAGUGAGCUUUUGCAGUUAGCAAACAUAAAAGUGUCCAAAAUGAGAUGAGCCCAGCAACUGUCCCAAGUGUGAAGGAACCCCCGGGGGAACAUGCAAGAGUGUGGAUCUGAGCAAACAAGCAGAAGGUAGCCAUCACCACUUGAGAAAAAGAAAUUUCACAGAUUCUUGUGUCAAAUCCAGUAAUCUCAAACAGUUGGUCUAGAAAUCGGCAGAUGUCUUUGAACCGUCUUUUAGACUGCAUAUGGAGUGGGGAUGAAUUAAAAACAAUUUUUAAAAACCAUUCAGAUGCACAUUGUGUGUGUUCCUUAAAUGCAAAAAGUGAUUUCCCAUUGUUCUUGGUGUUGCUUGAAUAGUCUUCAGGAAGGGUUGCUUGGGCUGGAAAACGACAGUGGGGCCCGCAUUGAAAUGAGACAACCCUGGCAGGGCAGUGCUGACCUGCUCCUUGCUGUGAUGCACAGCUCGAAACCAGCAUUGGGCUAAUGGCGGUGGGGAUGCAUCUCCGUUCAAAUGAACCAAAUAAUCAGGAAAAUAAGAGGGUUUUGUUUUCUCAUUACCCAGGGAGGAUUCCACCAUUUUAAGUGAUUGUAAAUUAGGUUCAAUUUGAGCAAUGAAGAGAUUUAAUUUGCCCUUUAAUAAAUAUGAGAAAUGGA